AUGUUAGAAAAAAAGUUUGCUGACAUUGACAAGAAAUUUGAGAAUGUUUUAAACAAGAACAAGAGGAAGUUAGAAAAUGCUCAGAUAAAGCCUAUACAUGACAAGUUCUUAUUUGCUCAGAAUGGUAUAACAGGUCUAAUUGCACCACCUGGGUCGGGUAAGACUUUCACUUAUCUUAAAAUGGCUGCACAACAACAAGAACUAGAUGAGAAGAACCCAUUCUAUGAGUUAGUUGUUAUUUGUUCGACUUCUGGUCAAUUUGACCAAACCGUCAAUUCGUUCAAAGAUAUUAUAAAGAAGUCUAAGUUAGUAUGUAUAAAGGAUACUGAGUUGUUAGAUUGGAUAAAGAAGUACCAAAGAAGAGUUUUGAAGUAUAAUGCUAUAAAUGAGUAUAUAAAUUCUAAGUUUAAAGACCCAAAUGAGGAAAUGCAGAGAAUAUUAGAGAAGAAACAUUUCAGAAACAAACAGAAAGAGAUAGAAUACAUUUCGAAGAAAUUGC